GUUACAACCUGACUGAGGAUUGUAGUCACUUGGAGCCACACUGAAAAAAAUUCACCCUGUCAUCCAUUCCUAGCUGAUAAUCAUUAACUUUGGGCGUGUCAGCUUCAGUAUCCACCAACAGUGGUCCUUUCUGAGACGGCACCUGAGAUCCAACUAUUCAGAACAUCAUGAGGUUGAUGAUUUUAUGAUCAUGUGGAGAAAUCAUGACAGAAAACGUGGUUUUUACUGGGGCUGUCAACGCUGUAAAGGAAAUUUGGGAAGAAAGAAUAAAGAAACACAAUGAAGAUCUGAAGCGAGAGAAGGAAUUUCAACACAAGCUAGUGCGGAUCUGGGAAGAACGAGUAAGCUUAACUAAGCUAAAAGAAAAGGUCACCAGGGAAGAUGGAAGAGUCAUUUUGAAGAUCGAAAAUGAAGAAUGGAAGACUCUUCCUGCUUCUUUACUGAAACUGAGUCAACUACAGGAAUGGCAACUUCAUAGAACUGGUUUGUUGAAAAUUCCUGAGUUCAUCGGGAGAUUUCAGAACCUCCUUGUGCUAGAUUUAUCUCGGAACACAAUUUCAGAGAUACCUCGAGGAAUUGGAUUGCUCACUAGACUCCAGGAACUGAUUCUCAGCUACAACAAAAUCAAAACCGUACCCAAGGAACUAAGUAAUUGUGCCAGCUUGGAGAAACUGGAACUGGCUGUUAACAGAGAUAUCUGUGAUCUUCCACAAGAGCUUAGCAGACUGCUAAAACUUACUCACCUAGACUUGAGUAUGAACCACUUCAGCACAGUCCCUUCUGCGGUAUUGGACAUGCCUGCCUUGGAGUGGCUGGACAUGGGAAGCAACAAACUUGAACGACUUCCUGAUACUAUAGAAAGCAUGCAGAGUCUACAUACAUUAUGGCUACAGCGGAAUGAAAUAACAUGCUUGCCAGAAACAAUCAGCAAUAUGAAAAACCUGAGCACUCUUGUUCUCAGCAACAAUAAACUGCACGAUAUCCCCGUAUGCAUGGGAGAAAUGGAGAAUCUGAGGAAAGAAACUUAAAGUCUUGGGAUAUAUCACAUCUCACCAAGAUGUUGUUAUUGAAACCAGUUAAAAGAGUAAUUUAGCAUGUUGUCAUUUGAUCUUUCUCCAGGGAAAUAAACACACACUUGUAAGACACCUAUAAAAAUACUGUUUUUUGGUGAACUGCUAGGUUUGUCAACUUCAGAGACAACCCACUAAAACUGGAAGUAACACUUCCUCCCAGUGAUAGCCCUGAGGAAGAAGAGGAAAAGGAAUUAUUUGGCCUCCAGUUUAUGCAUGCAUACAUAC